CUCCAGCUACCUCAUUUUCGUGUCAUGUCAUCAACAACUGUCAGUUAUUAGUAAAAUGUAUUAUUGAAGACAACAGAACAAAUAAAUUACUUAAAAUAAUUAACCAUGAUUAAAGCAAUUUUAGUUUUCAAUAACCAUGGUAAACCCAGGUUAUCGAAGUUCUACCAGUACUUUCCGGAAGACAUGCAACAACAAAUAAUCAAGGAAACGUUUCAGCUGGUUUCAAAGCGCGACGACAACGUCUGUAAUUUUCUGGAGGGUGGAAGUCUCAUUGGAGGCAGCGACUAUAAACUUAUCUACCGGCACUACGCCACCUUGUACUUUGUAUUUUGUGUGGAUUCAUCAGAGAGUGAACUAGGAAUAUUAGAUUUAAUACAAGUUUUUGUUGAGACUCUUGAUAAGUGUUUUGAGAAUGUAUGUGAAUUAGAUUUAAUUUUUCAUGUGGAUAAAGUGCAUUACAUCCUCAAUGAACUUGUUAUGGGUGGAAUGGUACUAGAGACUAAUAUGACUGAAAUUCUCACAAGGAUAGAAGACCAAAAUAAGUUAGAGAAACAAGAGGCUGGCAUCACUGCUGCACCAGCUCGGGCAGUUUCCGCAGUAAAAAAUAUGAACAUUCCACAACAAAUUAAAGACAUCAAAUUACCGGACCUCCCGCAAGCAAUAAAGGACCUCAAAUUCUGACCUCCAGUAGCUCAGCAGUUUCAAAAUAUAGAACUGACUGCCUAUCAUUUGCCGGCAGAUUGUAAAUCUCUGCUUGAGGAACCAACCACUGUAAAGUACACCUGAUGAUAUUUACCACUGGUUUCAAUUUUAUAUGGUUUUAGUCUGUUAGAUUUAUUUUGAUUACUGAAUUUAAAGAGGUCUUUAUAAUACAACAAUGUGACCGAAUAUUAAACUAAAUCUAGAUUUGACAUAGAUUUAUUAUAAAACUUUUAUACAAGUUUUAAAACUUGUAAUUAAGGAUCAUGCAAAUUGUAAAUAAAUUGUUAAUUUGUCAUCAUUCACAGUUGUGCAAUAAAUCUGUACCAACAAUAUUUAUAUCAUUUACUAUUAGUAAUCACACUGUUGUAAGUAAUCAUAUAAAUAUCUAGGAUUAAGAUAUCUGAUAUGUUUUUAUUAAUAAGCAUUAUAUUGUAUUAAAAUUGUUUCGUAUA